AUGCGCAACUAUCAUCCGGACAUUGCGAUUGCAUUUGAUCUGGCCAAUCUUGUGGAGUCGUUCGAUGCCUCCGAGAAUCAGGAUGUUUUCGCCUUUGUCGACGCCCUAAAUGUCAAGUCAAACACGACCAUUAAGGUAAACGAGGGCAUCGCCUACGACUUCCUCAUGACCUACAUCUUCAAGCUGGCCCACGAGAACAAUCCUGAGCUGCAACUGGAGUUGCUUCAAGGUCUGCCCCAUUUUGCCGUAUCCAAGGACAACGUGCCCAUGAUUCUGAACACCAUUCGAAUUUUGUCCACCGAGAAUGGUACCUUCUGUGUGGACCUGUAUCUACGACUGUGGCGCGUGGAGUCGAGCACCUAUCCCUUCCUGCUGAAGCAAGUGGCUCAACCGCUGCAGGAGGGCGAUAAGCGCUGGGAGCUUCAAGUAGCCCGAGCACAUGCCAUGCGGGAAAUCUGCCAGGAAAAGCCAACAUUGCAUGGAUCGGAGCUGCUACCUCACCUUAGCAAUACGUUAAACAGCUGCACCGAUGAAUCGGGGGAUCUGGCUACGUCUCUGGCGUUGGAUGCUCUUUAUGCCUUGUGUGACAGCCACACUGUCAAUAUUGCUUCCACCUGGCACGCUCUGGGCAGCAAGUUUCGCGGCGAACAGCGUCCACAGACCCUUAGGUCUCUGUACCAUUUCUUUGGCUUGGUUCCGCUGCUGCAGACACCCACACUGGAGUACGAGAAAGUUGCGGAUGAUGCCCUAGAGCAGCUGUGGCAGGCCAUCAGUCGACCGGGAACAGAUGCGGCACAGGUUCGCAAUGCUCUGGCAGCCCUAAAGAGCUAUGAGCCAGGAAGCACGCUCAACCUGCAGCACAUUCCGGCUCAGUUUCGUUUUGAGAUUGUCGGUGGAGCAGUGGGAGGACUUAGUGGCCGAGAGGUGGUGAAUCUGCAGAAAGAGACCGUCCCCGGCGAGGUGUGGGUGCAGCUACUACAGAAGAUUCGCCCGGAAUGUGGAGAUGCAGCAGCUGAUCUGAUUUCCCAUCACAUAAGCAACGAAAUAAACGGCUUUCGGAGCGGAGUCUACCGCCUGCCCGAGGGCAAGCCGGAGCCACGCAAGCUAGUGGGUUUGUUCGGGACCAGCCCGCUCCGUGCAGUAACCAACUACAUGGUGAGCCAGGCCCGCUUCGGAGACUACGUGUCAGAGCCCUAUGCAGUGACCUUUGCCCUCAGGGCGCUGUCCAAUAAAUUUCCCAAGCCGAUACCACCGCUCGAUUGGAGCUGCUUGACGAGCUUCUUUCACCUAUCCUUCGAUGCGAGGAAGUACUGCAUCAUGAUAGCCAAGAAUCAGGCGUCGAGCUCAGGCACAGCGAAGCGUUUGCUAGAGAACUUCCUGGUAGAAUUCGAGCCUGAUUGCUUCGAGGAGGAUCUGCUGUUACUGUUCUCACUGCUACCGGAGAUCGCCAGCAACGUGGGCCUUCAGAUCAUAAAGAACUUUGCCGAGAAAGUGGCUGUCUAUUGCUUCAAAGAGUCACAGAUAAACGACUUUGUCGAGGGAUGCCUUUUUGAAAAGUUUUUGGACAGCGUCAAGUACAUUUUCACGGGAAAGUGCGACCUACCACCCGAAGUGUUGGAUGUUUUCACACUGAUUGUAGAGCGCUACAUGGACUCGAUGAAUCUGGACUCGAGGCUGUUUGAGCGCUACACAGAGGUGGUGGCCGUUUUGCAUCCGAAUGCCAUCGACGGGCUGACCACGCCCGCCAAUUGGUGGGAGACGCCCAUAGGCAAGCUAAAAAAGGCCACCAUCAUCCGAUGCUAUCUGGUGCUGUAUAACGAGAAGUUGCCCAACCCACUCAAAUGGCUGACGCCCAUUAUUGAUGCCUACGAGAAGCGCACGGAGGAGCGCUCCUUCUUCUAUCGCCACUUGGCUGCCACUCUGUAUGCCUUUGGAAGCGAUGAACAUGCCUGUAACUGGAUCAUGGAAAUAUUCCUGGAGAUCCAGAUGCUGCUGGCCGAGGCCUCCAACAAGGAGAAGGUUAACAGGGCACUCUAUCUGCUGGACAUCUUUGUUCUGGCCGUGGAUGUGCUCUCCGGCUGUGCCGUGCUGCUGGGCAGUGUCGAUGUGGUGGCCACAGACGAUAAGCAGCGACUCAAUCUCUUUCCCGAGAGCUUGCAGUAUCUGUGCGACCACAUAUUCUGA